UAGUUAUUUGGCUGUGUGUAGCGCUCGUGCUGCGAAGAAGCGUAACGUGCGUGCAUAGGCUUCUCUCAAACGCAAAAUUUUCCAGUUUCGAUGUGAUAACCAAGUUUCGUAAAUCGAACUCGCAAUCGCAAUCUCGACCGACGUGUUUCGAAUUGCAAAACACGAAACUUGUCGCGAUUCGUGUACUUUUAAUAUGUUCGACGUGCACGCACGUCACGCAUCUGGUUGUAUCUUCUCGCUGCUCUGCGCGUCUCACGAAGGACUCGACCAAGAGAAUACCACUCGACGUUCUCCUGCACUCGCACCGAUAACAAGCGCAAGUUUAUGAUCUAGUUUGCGAUUGAAGAAGAUAUAGUGAAUCGCCGCGGGAAACGCGUAAUUGGUCCGAAUGGAUUGGAGAAGAAGACGUUCAAUGGGUAACUAUCGUUCUAGAAAGCUUGGGGUUUGCGUGAGUGUGGCUGUACUCGCAGUUUUCAUCGGUUGCACGCUGUUAGCGUACACUGCGUUUGCGUCAUCGACUACUAAUCACAGUACGUUGCAGCAGGUGGUUUUUUUAUUUCGUCAUGGCGACCGAAACCCUAGAAUGACUUACCCCAAGGAUCCUUAUAUAAACUACACGUGGCCUGGUGGUUUGGGCGCUUUAACCAAGAAAGGGAUGCGUCAGUUGUAUAACGUGGGUCAAUGGGUCCGCCAGGAAUACGGCGCUUUAGUUGGCAAUAAAUUCGAAAGCGCAACCACGCUGAUGCGUAGCAGCUACACAGAUCGUUGCAUCAUGUCAGGACAAACGUUAUUCGCAGGAUUAUUUCCACCGAGUCCCGAAGACAUGUUUCUGCCAGGAUUGGCGUGGACGCCUAUCCCCGUGCACUCGAUACCGCGAACCUUGGACAAGUUGAUAACAGUAAAGGCACCGUGCCCGCGACUUGAAAAAGCUCUGAAAGAAGCGUAUUUGAGAGAAGCGGAAAGAUCAGGUGAUAAAAUGACCGAGUAUUACAGAGAACUAACAGAACACACCGGACAGAAUAUGACAACAAUCACCGACGUUGAGUUUCUGUACAACAUUCUGGAGGUUGAGGAACAAAACGGUUUACAGUUGCCGGAGUGGACGCGAAAAUUUUACAAUAAUAAAAUGCGCGAAAUAGCCGCUCGCAGCUUGGCAAUUUUCACCGACAGUACUGUCCAAAAACGUCUUCAGGGAGGUCCGUUAGUGAAGGAGAUUUUAAAUCACAUGGAAGAAACUGUAACUAAUUCGAAACCGAAACGAUUUUACCUUUACUCUGCUCACGAUAUUACCAUCAUCAACACGAUGAGAACGAUGGGAUUUACCAGUGAUCUUUUUCUACCUGAUUACGGAGCUAUGUUCAUACUCGAGGUGCAUCGUGCCAAUAAUAGAGAUGAUCCGGAAGUAAAGGCAUUAUAUUUGAACAGUUCGGAAACGAAAAUCGCGCAUCCUUUGACAAUACCUAACUGCGUGAGUCCUUGUUUGUUGCAAAAUCUGAAGGAAACGUUGCACGAAGUGAUUCCGGACGACUGGGACGCGGAGUGUAAAAUAUAAACUCACGUCAUGUGUCUGUUGAGUGCAUUAAUGUUUGUUUUUUUUUACGCGGAAGUCAACGUUAUGCUUACGUAAUGUUACGACUUGUUACAAAUGAUAGAUGAAAAACACGAAACACGUCAAUAAACUUUAUAAGUUUGAUAAACAUAAGAGUGAUAUUAAAUGUAAAUGUAUAUCUAACUUUGAGAUCAUAAUCUUAAUGUAGAUAUAUAUUGAACCGUUAUUGAAUAAAACAUACGAAUUAAUUUUGUAA